AAACAUCAUAUAAAUAGAAUAACAAACGAAAUAAUAAGAGAAACCGUCCUUGGUGCAAGACUGAACCAUACUUGUAAACACUAACACAGCUCGACCCACCACCACCGCCACUCCCUUCCUCUCUCCACUCCACACCCAGCACUCCGGCAGGUGCCGCAGCGUGACCCAGCCUCACCAUGUCUGCCCGGAACCAGGUCAUCACACAGCAGAUCCAACAGGACUGGGUCAACCGAGAGUACAUUGAGGUCAUUACAAGCAACAUCAAGAGAAUCGCGGACUUCCUGAACAGCUUUGACAUGUCGUGCCGUAGCAAACUGAGUCAGCUCAAUGAGAAGCUGACCAUGCUGGAACGACGCAUUGAAUACCUAGAGGCUCGGGUCACCAAGGGGGAGACUCUCAACUAGCAGUGGCUCCUCUACACAUAAUGGCCACACUGGCACAUCUCGGGGUCAUUGGGACUUGCCUGCCACUGUUCAGUCUUGCUUCUUUAGUAGUUAAAUGUAUCCCAUAAAUUUUGUGCAGUAUUUAUGAAGUAUUACUAAGAAUAUUCUAAUUUUCAGUCAUGCAAUUGGUGCUGAAUCUGAAUAGUACUGGCAAAUGUGAGUGGUCCCCAUCAUCCCGAGAUCAAACUGUACACUUCUUAUACUCGUAAUAAUAUUUUGUAAUAAAAACAUGUAACGCAAAUA